CCCGCCGCCGCCGCCGCCGCUGCGCACUCGCCGGGGAGCCAGCGACCGAGGGCGGAGGCAGCGCGGGAGCGACAGGGGCUGGGAGGGGUGCUGGCGAGAGCUCGCGCGCUGUGUAUGGUCUAUCGGAGGCAGCUGACCUUUGAGGAGGAAAUCGCUGCUCUCUUGCUCCUUCCUGUAGUAACAGCCGCCGCCGCUGCCACCGCUAGGAGCCCAGGCCGGGAGCUACAGCCGCGGGCGCAGAGCCGGCCCCGCCGCGGGACGCUUGGGCCCCACCAGGUGAACAGCCAUGGCGGGCUGGAUUCAGGCCCAACAACUGCAGGGAGAUGCCCUGCGCCAGAUGCAAGUGCUAUAUGGGCAGCACUUCCCCAUCGAGGUCAGACACUACCUGGCACAAUGGAUAGAGAGCCAGCCCUGGGAUGCCAUUGACCUGGACAAUCCCCAAGACCGAGGCCAGGCCACGCAGCUCCUGGACGGCCUGGUACAGGAGCUGCAGAAGAAGGCGGAGCACCAGGUGGGGGAAGAUGGGUUUCUGCGGAAGAUCAAGCUGGGGCACUACGCCACGCAGCUCCAGAACACGUACGACCGCUGCCCCAUGGAGCUGGUCCGCUGUAUUCGACACAUUCUGUACAAUGAACAGCGGCUGGUCCGAGAAGCCAACAACUGCAGCUCACCUGCUGGCAUGCUGGUUGACGCCAUGUCCCAGAAGCACCUUCAGAUCAACCAGACCUUUGAGGAGCUUCGACUGGUCACGCAGGACACAGAGAAUGAGCUGAAGAAGCUGCAGCAAACCCAAGAGUACUUCAUCAUCCAGUACCAGGAGAGCCUGAGGAUUCAAGCUCAGUUUGCCCAGCUGGCCCAGCUGAACCCCCAGGAGCGCCUGAGCCGGGAGACAGCCCUGCAGCAGAAGCAGGUGUCCCUGGAGGCCUGGCUGCAACGUGAGGCACAGACUCUGCAGCAGUACCGUGUGGAACUGGCCGAGAAGCACCAGAAGACCCUGCAGCUGCUGCGGAAGCAGCAGACCAUCAUCCUGGAUGAUGAGCUGAUCCAAUGGAAGCGACGGCAGCAGCUGGCUGGGAAUGGGGGCCCCCCCGAGGGCAGCCUGGACGUGCUGCAGUCCUGGUGUGAGAAGCUGGCUGAGAUCAUCUGGCAGAACCGGCAGCAGAUCCGCAGGGCUGAGCACCUCUGCCAGCAGCUGCCCAUCCCUGGCCCUGUGGAGGAGAUGCUGGCUGAGGUCAAUGCCACCAUCACAGACAUCAUCUCAGCCCUGGUGACCAGCACCUUCAUCAUCGAGAAGCAGCCCCCUCAGGUCCUGAAGACCCAGACCAAGUUCGCAGCCACCGUGCGCCUGCUGGUGGGAGGGAAGCUGAAUGUGCACAUGAACCCACCCCAGGUGAAGGCGACCAUCAUCAGUGAGCAGCAGGCCAAGUCCCUGCUCAAGAACGAGAACACCCGCAACGAGUGCAGUGGUGAGAUCUUGAACAACUGCUGCGUCAUGGAGUACCACCAGGGCACAAGCACCCUUAGUGCCCACUUCAGAAACAUGUCACUGAAGAGGAUCAAGCGUGCUGACCGACGGGGUGCAGAAUCUGUGACAGAGGAGAAGUUCACAGUCCUGUUUGAGUCUCAAUUCAGUGUUGGCAGCAAUGAGCUUGUGUUCCAGGUGAAGACUCUGUCCCUACCCGUGGUUGUCAUCGUUCAUGGCAGCCAGGACCACAAUGCCACCGCCACUGUGCUAUGGGACAAUGCCUUUGCUGAGCCGGGCAGGGUGCCAUUUGCCGUGCCUGACAAAGUGCUGUGGCCACAGCUGUGUGAAGCACUCAACAUGAAAUUCAAGGCCGAAGUGCAGAGCACCCGGGGCCUGACCAAAGAGAACCUUGUGUUCCUGGCGCAGAAACUAUUUAACAGCAAUAGCACCCACCUUGAGGACUAUAGCACCAUGUCUGUGUCCUGGUCCCAGUUCAACAGGGAGAACUUGCCGGGCUGGAACUACACCUUCUGGCAGUGGUUUGAUGGGGUGAUGGAGGUGCUAAAGAAGCACCACAAGCCACACUGGAAUGACGGGGCCAUCCUAGGUUUUGUGAAUAAGCAACAAGCCCAUGACCUGCUCAUCAACAAGCCAGACGGGACCUUCCUGUUGCGUUUUAGUGAUUCAGAAAUUGGAGGCAUCACCAUUGCCUGGAAGUUCGACUCUCCGGACCGCAAUCUGUGGAACCUGAAGCCAUUCACCACACGGGAUUUCUCCAUCAGGUCCCUGGCUGACCGGCUGGGUGACCUGAGCUAUCUCAUCUAUGUGUUUCCUGACCGCCCCAAGGAUGAGGUCUUCUCUAAGUACUACACUCCUGUGCUCGCUAAAGCAGUGGAUGGAUAUGUGAAGCCACAGAUCAAACAAGUGGUCCCUGAGUUCGUGAACGUGUCUGCAGAUGCUGGGGCUGGCGCCACAUACAUGGACCAGGCCCCCUCCCCAGCUGUGUGUCCCCAGGCCCAUUACAACAUGUACCCGCAGAACCCCGACCCUGUCCUGGACCAGGAUGGAGAAUUCGACCUGGAUGAGACCAUGGAUGUCGCUCGGCAUGUGGAGGAACUCUUACGCCGGCCCAUGGGCAGUCUUGACCCUCACCACUCCCCCCCUGCUGGUCUCUUCACCUCUGCCAGAGGCUCCCUAUCCUGAAUGUCACACUCCAGGCUUGUCUUUGGAAAUAAGCUGCAAUGGGAGAAGUCCACAUCAAUUGUGAUUGUAGUAUUGCUGUACAUACUGAUGUGUUUGCAGGUAGCACUUGUACGUAAGUGUGCGUGCGUGUAUGUGUGUGUAUGCUUAGCACAAGGCGUGCUUGUCUUGCCUUCACAGUCCUAGGUAUGUAGCUACAGCAGUGGUGGCCUUUUUGUUCAGAUCGAGGCCUCCAGGAGUCCAUUGAGUCCAUCUGUCCUGAAAGAGAUGGGGCUUCUGUCACCGCAAGCAAAUCUGUUCCUCCCAUGUCCUUUAUCUGCUCAGUGGCAAUUUAAGUGAAAUUAUUCCAGAAGGGGAAGGGAGACAGGUAAAGGUUCCAGGUUGAAGUUUUCCUCUUGAGCUAGAAGCAUCAUCCUCCCGCUAUACACACACGUGUUGGGUGAGCAUCUGUCCUGAUGUACACGUGGUGGCCUAAUUGAUGCUUUUCCAAUGGAGGCAGGCUGGGCUUCAUUCUUAAUAUGUUAUACUUUAGUAGAUGCAGGCUCCAGACUUUUUUUGUGACCCCUUCAGAGCAUGUCUAGGUCACAGGCAUUAGCAGAGUACAGCUGGGUUCAAUCAGGGCUGGCCGAGCUUCUCUGAGUAUUUAGUUUCUUGGCCUCAUGUCCUUGAGCCAUGGCUUCAAGUCUCUGCCCAAGCUCACCUCCAUCCUUUCUUAUACUUGUUUUUUUUGUUUGUCUGUCUGUUUGGUGGCAUGGGGUUUGAACUCAGGGCUUCACGCCUGCUAGGCAGGCUCUCUUACCACUUGAGCCACUCCACCAGCCUUAACUUCAUCCUUUCUUUUGAUCUGAUAUCUCCUCCCUUCCAUCCUGCCCUAACCACCCCCCACCCCCGACCUUCUUUUUUCUUUCUGACAGUCUCACUUUGUAGUUCUAGCUGGCCUCAAACUCAUGAUCCUUCUGCCUCUGCACCCCAACUGCUGGGAUUAUAGGUAUGCACUACCAUGCCUGGCUCUAGCCUUCUUUUCUUGUCUCUGUUUGCAACCUUGUUUGCCAUACAGAAGGAAAAGACUGGUCUAGAACAUGGUGGGUGGUGACUUGCAAGGUUGAUGUUCUCCCUUCGGAAAACAAAGCAAACAAAAAACUACUGCAAGACAAGCAGCAAAGCAGCCACUUGCUACAGGUUGUGAGGGGUAGAAGUUGAUCUCAUUCUGCCCUGCUGGGCGGUGGAACCUGGAGCUGGUCUCACGCUAUUGCAUAAUAAGCUGUGGUCAGGGAAGGCCUCGCUCCAACCUCACCCCCUCCUCCCUCUGAGGCUAUGAGACAUGCAGCCAGAGGCAGCUGACCACAGAAGAUUGGGAGUCCCAGGUUUCAAUAUCUCUUAAGGGACGUGGGGAUAAGAAGAGGGAUUCUUUUGUACUUUGUAUAUAGGCACACAUUUGUGUAAACAGUGUUUUUGAAUAAAGCAUUUUUUCAUAAAUUUGCUGAUCUUUCUCUGGUUUGAGGAGUUGGUGGUAGUCUUCCUGGAUGAUAGGGAUCACUAAAGCUGGAUUUGUUUGUGUGGCUCAUGUUGGAAGUUUUAG